AUGAUUCAAACCCAUUUCGCGUUUUAUAAUCUUCGCGUCGAAAAUUUUAUGCACAAUAUGGAAGAAAAUUCAGAUUGGUCUCACAACAUUUACAAAAAUUAUCCUUUGUUGUUUAAGAGUUACCUUGGUAUGGAAGUGGACAUUUUAACUGUGGAUGGUACUACAGCUUCUGGCGUUGUUUAUACUGUUGAUCCUGUAUCAGAGAGCGUUGUGUUGCUACGGACCUGUCAACAGAAUUAUUUAAAAAUCGUCUUCGGUCAUGCGAUAAAAAACAUAAAAAUCCGUUCGGAUAAGCCGCACGAUUUACCGGAAUUAUUUAUGAACGCACCGACUAAUCUUCUCCAAUCGUCGUUAGAAGAACGUAAAAAUGCAGUCAUAAAGAUGCUUCAAGAAAAUAGACUUUCCGUAAAAGAAGACGAAGAUAUAUUAACGAUUGAAAAUGUAUUGUCUAUAAAACCGCCAUACGAACCGAACGAUUGCGUUUGUACAAACAGCAUCAUUUUAGGAAGAAUUCAGAAUCUUUUAGCUCGUGUAUAAAUUUAAUAUU